AUGUCCGACGCGCCACAAUUAUAUCAACCUGAUCCUCCAACCUCCUUCAGGAGGCAACAACGACGACACCUGCCCCAUCACCUGCCUUGUCAUAGAUCAUUAACUACUGGACUUUCAUGGAUUUGUCUGCUGCUCUUGAUGUCCACUUUGUGUACUGCCGUUUCUGUGACCUCUGGCACUUCGGGACACAAUCGCCGUCGCUCUGGCUUGACAGGAUCAGCAGGAGGAGCUGCUGGUGGUGGCCUCACCUCACUGGAGGACACUGGUGACAAGUCAGUGCCCGACCAGUUGGCUUUGGCGGCCAGCCGAAGGGGAUCAGAUGAAAGGAGCUACCCCAGAAGAGGAUCAAUAAUACACAGUAGAACGAAAGAGGCAACGAACAAAGAUUACAACUACGGCCAUGUGGAGCUCAACCUGGUGCGUCCCGAGCACGAAAGUCAUCCCAAACUCCUGCUAAGCACCACCACAGCAGCAUCGGGACCAGGCUCAGGAGCCGCUGUCAAUCUGGAGGACUCCCAAUCGGCGGCCGAGUAUGUGGCCAAUGCCAUUAAGUUGGCCUACAAUCAGCCACCGGUGCAAAUCCAGCUAAAGACAACCAGCCAAAUGCCGGCAACCUCCUCCUCAUCCACCCAGAGAAGCUACAUCGAAAUUCGGGAGCGAGAAAGAGAACAGCAAUUGGAAUUGCAGCUGCAAAAGGAAUUGCAGCAGCAACAUCUCCUUCUGAGCUCCUCGGCCACAGCUUCUUCCUCAGGAUCCUCCUCCUUGAAUGCUUCUCCUGGCUUAGUGCCAGCUCCUGUCUAUGAAAAAGAGCCGGUCACAAGAAGCUAUGACAUUUACGAGGGAUCCUCUGCCUCCUCGACCGAAACAGAGGCACACAAUCGAGGACUUAUACCCGUUCAAGAGGAGAUCGAGCGACACUAUAGACCCAAAUAUCAUAGCAGCAGCGGCAGCAACACAAACUACAACUACGGGCAGUAUCCUUAUAGAAAUCUCGAAGCUGAGGCAGAGGAAAAGGUGCGAGUCUCUGCCUCCACAGAGAUACCCAAAUCGGAGAUUAUGAAACAGAUUGAAAAGUCAGUGAUCAAAUACAUGAAGGAACUCGAAGCGGAAGGUAAAAUCCUGAGUACACCCCAAGAGCCAGUUACACCGCCGCCACCACUAUCGUUGCCUCAGGCCUCCACCAUAACCAAAAGUUACUACAAAACGCAAACGGGCAGCUCAACAUCCUCCUCCUCUGCUCUGGAGGAUAAGCGUUACAGCAGCAGCACCAUGCGACCCAAAUAUACUGUGGCACCUGUUUCCCAGCAGCAACAGCAAUCGAAGCAACAAAUCCAUCAAGUGUACCAUCAGCAGCAACAUCACCAGCAUCCCGUGCAGCAGCAACAUCAGCAACAAAUUACCGUGGGUAAAGUGAGGAGUUCCAGUCCGAAACCUCUCCCGCAACAGCAUUUCCAAUCCGAGACAGAGACUGCCUACCAAGCACCUGAUCUUCCCGUUGAUGAACUAUCCCCAAAUGUGGAAUUUAUAUACAAAAUCAAGACCCGAGCUCCUCUACAAACAGCCACCGUGAAAACAGUAUCAAAACCCUAUACAUUGCCCUUGAAGAGUGCCGAGCAUUUUGAUCAUGGAGCUGCCUUAAAAAAUAUCGAGGAAUUUGAUCUAUCGCAUGUGGUGCCCACACCUGAGCGUGUAGAGCGAGAACGUGACUCCUCCCGAGAGGAUCUGGAAAGGGGAAAGGUCCCUCAUAAGUUAUACUUCAAUUCGGAGAUCUAUCAUGACAUCAACUCUUUGCCCUACAAGAACAAAGAGGCAGCAGCUGCGGCGGCGGCUCUACACGAAUAUCAAAGACACAAACUAAAGGGGAGCACUAGCACUGGGGACAACCUGCAUCCGGAUUAUAAGGGUUAUUCCGGUUACUUUGCGGAACCGGAAGUCACAGAGUUAGAGAAUGAGGAGAAUUACCAUCAGCAUCAUCAUCAUCAUCAGCCGUAUCAUCACUAUCAUGUGGUGAAGAAGGAACCCCUGGAGGAGCAUGAACAUGACCAUGAUCAUGACUCUUGGGUGGAUACAUCCGGUCUGCGUUUGGCCAAUGCCCAUGCUUUGGCCCAGGCCCAUGGUCAUGGUCAUCAGCAUAAUCUUAAUCAUGGUCAUUCCCACUCACAACACUCUCACAUUCAUGGUCAGCAUCCGGUGGUGAAGCAUCAGAGUUUGGAUUACGAUAGUUAUAGUCCCAAAUUUAAUAAUAAUCCCGAAGGUUAUGGCUAUCAGCAUACGUACAAGGGUGGUGCGAGGGGUGCGGCUGUGGGUGCGGCCUCCCAGGGGGCGGGCGGGUCAACGGGUAAGCGGGGAAAGCGUGGAAAUGGAGCUCAUCCCCGGCAGGAGGCCAUCAAGAAGCAACUAAGAGCCUCCGAAGUCAAGGAUCUGGAGGCUAGUCUCGCUUUGAGGCCACCGCCCAAGUAG